GCUGGAUGCUAAUAUAGCAAAUCAUUCCACAGGUCACCAGUGACGCCCGUGCCUCUAGUCCAUUCAUUGAACCUGAACGGUGGUGGGGACGUCGCGAUGUUGGAGCUGGCCGGGGACAACUUCACGCCCUCGCUGCAGGUCUGGUUCGGGGAUGUGGAAGCUGAGACCAUGUAUCGCUGUGCAGAGUCUAUGCUCUGCGUGGUGCCGGAUAUAUCGCAGUUCAGGGGACAGUGGUUGUGGGUCCGACAGCCCACCCAGGUGCCCGUAUCUCUAGUGAGGAACGACGGUAUAAUAUAUGCGACCGGUCUCACGUUCACGUAUACGCCGGAGCCGGGCCCGCGGCCCAUCUGCCCGCCGGUCGAUGACGUCAUGCGGCCGGAGCAGUGGCACCACGACGCGCACAACAGCCACAGACUGCCGGACAACAGCCUGCAAUAGCCGAACCACUGCAGGCUGGACGACGACAGCCUGCAGUGAUCGCCUACUCUGUAAUCUCCAAAGAAUACGCCAGCGGUUCUAGUGGAUCGGUGAGUGAUCUGCGCGCAUUGACGUUUUAUAAACAACUGGACUCAUAGUCGCCUAAUAGAAGCUCGUCAAAAAUGAAUAAACGUCCAAAAUAACACCUUAUGUCGUCGCAGUAGUGUUCAAUAUAAAUUGAACACGCUAACUAGUAAACCGCCUAAUAGACGCGUAGGCAGAGUUUUGCAUCGGACAAUUUUGUAGCGCGAGUCCAGGUGUUUAUUCUACGCCGGGAUAUAUUUUAGGAUUUCCCGCUGUUUUAUUUAAUGAUUUUCAAGAAUUAGAAUUCUGUUGAAUAUACGUUUAGUAAUGAUGCUCAAUUUCUUCUAUCAUUUGAUGCGCAUUGUUGAUACGAUUUCAAUAAAUACUGAUCAAUAAAUAGCUGCUUGCCUCCAAGAUGUCACUUGUAAAUAUCCUGUUAGCUGUGACAAUCUUAUUAGCGACUCCACCGUCCGCGUGAGCGGCCCGAGACAUGUGAACAUCCUGACAUUCACGUGGUAUCACAACUAUUAAUCUGAAAUAUUCGCUUUUAAUUCGUUUAUCUUUGAUAUCAAGAGAUCGUCUAGAUUUUGAUUUGCAUUUGAAAUGAUAAUUGUUUUCGUUCGCUGCUUACGGAGACGCAACACGUUUUAUUUAUUUACAGACACCAUGGGAAUGGUUUUAAACAAUUGUAUUGUGAUAUGAUAUGAACACCACUGUUAAUUAAACGAAUUUAAUUUUAAUAUUAUCUGGUGGUGUAUUCGCAAUAAACCGAGAUAAGUGAAUUGUUACAAAUUUAUAUCGCCUUGUGUUUUUAUCAGCCUGGGAAAAUGCUUUAGUUUCGUUGUUCAUGUCCAUUUAUAUGUGGUGCAAAGAACAGCGUUUCAACAAUAUUUAUACGUUUAAGUUUUUUUUUAAUAGACAAUCAAAAGAGUUUUAUAACGCUUAGUACACGUUUGGUAUUUAAUUUUCUUAAGUCUAAAACAACACUUGACUGUAAAAUGAUUAUGUGUUUAUUCAGUAAUUGUAAACCAUUGUUUUAUUCAACAUACUAUACGUUAGAAAUAAUUAUAUUACUACUGAUGUCCACAAAAAAUGGUAAGCUUUAUAAAUUUUAAUAUAAACGAUGUAGUUGUGAACCUAACUUAGGUUUGAGAUUAUAACACCAAAACGCUUCUAAAAUAAGUCUCUUUUAGUAUCGAAACAAUGUAUUAUAUUAAGUAAGAUUAUUAAUUACAUUUGUCAAUUUAAUUUAGAAGUCUAUAUUAUAUACGUAUUACGUACCAUAAACGCUUUUGUAACAAUUAUAAUUUUAAUCGAUCAGGGUAUCAAUAGGAUCAAAUGCUAUUAUUAUAUAAUUGUUACCGCCUUGGUAUAACAAGAGAGUCAAUUUUAUUAAAAAUACCAUUUACUAUACGUUCAACAACUGAAAACAGACCAUACGUUUCCAUUCAUCAAAUUUACAGAUACGCACAUAGAUUAUUUAAAUUUAUUGUAAUAAAGUUAAGAACCAAAGUAGCAUAAAAUCUAUUUGAAUGUGAUAAUUUUUUUGACAUUCGAGAAACCUAGGAAGUACUUUUAAUAUAUUAAAGCGAGCCCCAAACAAGUUUCUUGUUGGCUUCUUAAAGUCGAUGAUUUUUACUGUUAUGUAUUAGCUACUACGGGGUAAUUGACACAAGAUUAAACGAGUUAUAUUUAUGUGAAUGCAAAUGAUCAGCUUCGUUCUACAUAAUUCGGUUUCACUUUUGAAUGAUCAACAUUUAUAGUUUAGGUAUCCCAUUCAUCCAUUUGUUGAACGACAUUAAAAAAAUGAAUGUAAAUUGUACGCUGAUAAUUAAUUGUCUCAUUUCGUGAAGACUAUGCGACGUUAGUUUGUGUUAUCUAUGGUUCCUGUUAAGACGAACUUCGAGCACUGUAACACAUCUGUUAGUUGCGUAGUAUUCAUUGUAUGUAUGUAUAUUUCCGAGAUACUAAUGAACAAUGUAGUUAAUUAAGCUAGAUGUAGUGCAUAGUACAUUAUCUAGACGGAUGUAUUUAUUGUGCUGAUAAAAUUUUUACAAAAUUUGCUAAUAACGAUAUUUAUAUUAUAAGAGCGUGAUUUUGAACAUUCCAAGUGGAAAGUUUUAUAAGAAGUACAAAAUAUAUAAAUAUUUUUGUAGGAAAAGACGUUUAAAUAAUGUGAUUACCAUUUAUUUGUGUGGAGUAUGAGGAAAUUGGUCUUGAUUGGCGCACUCUGAAUCCGUCGAUGUAUUUGGUUUAUCGAUAUUUCUUUACCUUUUGGUAUUUGAGUCAUGUCUCAGAAAUAUUACUGUCAUUUUGAAACAUGAAUAUUUUAAUAAAUCUGAAUUUAAACAA